AUGGCGGACUACAAGGAUCCAGCGUUGGCUGAAAAGGGCCUCGACGAUUCCCAGAGUAUACAGUAUGACGACCGCCCAGCGCGAGGUUCAGACAAAUACCAUUUCGAGGCGUCCGACCUUGAUCGAGUGCAGCGAAAGCUUAAACAGCGCCAUGUACAAAUGUUCGUCAUCGCGGGUACCAUUGGCACAGGUCUUUUCCUUGGUUCUGGAGGUGCACUCCGCGGCGCAGGGCCCCUUGGCGCCCUGAUCGCAUAUGCCUUGGUUGGGACGGUUGCAUACUCGUCCCUGUGCUCAGUUGGGGAGAUGACAACGCACGCUCCGGUUUCUGGUACAUUCCCACACUUUGCUAGUCGCUGGGUAGAUCCCGCCCUUGGAUUCGCCGUUGGAUGGAACUAUUUCUAUACUAACGCUAUAUCCGUCCCGGUCGAAGUCACAGCGGCGACCAUCUUGCUGACGUUUUGGGAUGACAACCAUAACCACAUGGCAAUUUACACUGCGGUCAUUUGUGUUGCCGUUUGCGCCGUCAAUAUUUUCGGUGUAAGAUGGUUUGGAGAAUCUGAAUUCUUUUUCUCGCUCAUCAAGCUUUCGAUGAUUACUGGCCUAAUUCUAUGCGGUCUUGUCAUUGAUCUUGGAGGUGGCCCAAAUCACGAGCGUAUUGGCUUCCGUUACUGGAAGAACCCUGGAGCAAUUGCACGCGCCGGACUCGUCCCGAAUAUCAACACUGACAAAUUCCUUGCCGUCAUCUCUGUGAUUGUUCAAGCCGCCUUCUCCUUUCAGGGUAUGGAGCUUGUCGCUAUUGCCGCAUCAGAGACGGAGAACCCUCGCCGAAAUAUUGCGAAGGCCGUACGCAGGGUCUUCUAUCGUAUCGUCAUUUUCUAUAUGCUGGGUCUUCUCAUCAUUGGCAUGUGCGUGUCCUCGAACGAUGAGGCACUCCUCGAAGAUACUGGUAACGCUGCGGAAUCGCCUUUUGUUAUCGCCAUCAAUCGCGCCGGUAUCAAAGUGCUCCCUCACAUCAUCAAUGCCGGCGUGUUCACUAGUGCCUUCUCCGCCGGAAACAGUUUCCUCUUCUGUGCAUCGCGUAUCCUCUACGGUCUUGCGCUCCGUGGUCAAGCGCCAAGAUUCUUAACCUACUGCACGAAGAGUGGCCUGCCCCUUGCAGCCGUCCUCGUAUCCUCUUCCUUCGCUUUCCUUUCUUUUAUGAAUGUGUCAAGUGGUGCCGAAACAGUGUUCAACUGGUUUGUCAACUUGACUACUGUGGCAGGAUUUUUCUCGUGGUGCGCUAUCAACAUCACUUAUGCUCGAUUCCAUGCUGGUAUGAAAGCGCAAGGAUUCGACCUGAGGAAGAACAUCUACAACAACCGUCUUCAGCCAUAUCUUUCAUAUUGGGGAAUAUUCUGGACCGUUCUCUUCAUCCUUAUCAACGGAUUCGCCGUAUUCUUCGAUUUUCAGGCCGACGACUUCCUAGUCUCCUACCUCAACAUUCCAAUCUUCUUUGCGUUGUUCUUCGGUUACAAGAUCGUCAAACGCACCAGUUUCUGGAAAGCUCACGAGAUGGACUUCGUCACUGGCAUACCCUCCAUCGAGGAAACAGAGAGCCCAGAAAUCCCUCCAAGGACCAUUUGGGAGAAAAUUGCCGCGUUCUUAUUCUGA